AUUUGAAGAUUGGUAAGUACAUAACAUUUCCUGAGGAUCCAGACAUACAUAUAGGUUGCCGUGUGCAAAAGUCUAAUCAAUGGAGUUCACUCAGCCUACUCAAACACAGCCGACGCAGCAGUCGCCUGCCACCCAAAUUCAAGGGGAUGGGAUAGUUGAUAAUAAUCAUAUAUGUCGGAUGAUAUGUACAACUGGCCAGUAUCAAUACUUUGAUUUGAGUAAAGAGAAUCCAGGGAAAGGAAAUAAAGACUUGAGUAAAAAAGUUUGGUUAUUUGGUAGAAAUAUUGAUUGCGAUUUCGUACUUAAUUCAAGUACUAGACUUUCUAAUAAACAUUUUAAGAUCUGGUUUAAUUUAAAUGACUCAACUUUAUGGAUACAAGAUACUUCGACUAAUGGUACGCAUCUUAAUGGGAACCGCUUGGUGAAGGGAUCAAAUUAUAUAUUGAACCAAGGUGAUGAAGUAACCGUUGGGGUUGGAGUUCCAAAAGACAUUAUUCGUUUUGUAAUUGUCUUUGCUGAUUUAUAUAAUCCUUCCAAGAAUUCAAAUUCCCAUUCAUCAAACUCAAAGAAAGACCAAGGUAUCUAUAAAGAUUUCAUUAUCAAAAAUGAAACAAUUGGUCAAGGUGCAUUUGCUACAGUUAAGAAAGCUGUCGAAAGGUCUAGUGGUGAAUCAUUUGCUGUCAAGAUAAUCAAUAGAAGAAAAGCUCUCAAUACUGGUGCUGGAAAUAUGGUUGGUGUUGAAAGAGAAUUGGAAAUUUUAAGAAAACUAGAUCAUCCAAAUAUCGUAAAGUUAAAAGCGUUCUAUGAAGAUAUGGAUAAUUACUAUUUAGUCAUGGAAUUAGUUCCAGGUGGUGAUCUAAUGGAUUUCGUUGCAGCAAAUGGUGCAAUUGGUGAAGAAGCUACUCAAGUCAUAACUAAACAAAUAUUAGAAGGUAUUGCAUAUGUUCAUAAACUAGGUAUUUCGCAUCGUGAUUUGAAACCUGAUAAUAUAUUAAUAAAACAAGAUGAUCCAAUUCUUGUUAAAAUAACUGAUUUUGGUUUAGCUAAAAUUAGUGAUAAUACAACUUUUAUGAAAACUUUUUGUGGUACAAUUGCAUACGUGGCUCCGGAAGUCAUCACUGGUAAAUAUGAUUCAAGUAUGUCAAGUCAAGCUGAAAGAGAUCAUUAUAGUUCUUUAGUUGAUAUUUGGUCUUUGGGUUGUCUUGUUUAUGUUCUAUUGACUUCUCAUUUACCUUUCAAUGGUCAAAACCAAACUCAAAUGUUUCAUAAGAUUAAGAAGGGUGAAUAUCAUGAAUCACCGUUAAAUUCCUAUAAAAUUUCUCACGAAGGGAGAGAUUUUUUGCAUAACUGUUUAAAGACUGAUCCAAGGUCAAGAUGGAGUGCUGAAGAAGCUUUGAACCAUAAAUGGUUGAAAAAUGUCGAUAGCUACUCUCAAGAGUCACAAGACUCACAAAAAGUUAUCAGUUUAUCACAAUCACAAUCACAACAAAUGCGUAAAAUUGAAAAUGGACUUCAUGUUAAUGCUCCUCUCAGUCAGCUUGAUGAAGAUAUAAUGAUGAGACCUUUAGAUAGUGAAAAAAAUAGAAAAACUAAAAAUCAAAAUAAUCAAUUUAAAGUUCCAAAAAGAGUGGUUCCUUUACCUCAAUCUCAACAACCUGCGUCACAACACCAAACUGACGAAGUGGUCAAAUCGGUUGAAAUGCCAUCAAAUAGUAUUUUAAACUCCCAUAAACGUCCUACCAAUGGUGGUAGUGAUUCACCUCCACCACAUCCUAAGAGACUAAAGAUUGCCGACACCGAAAAUAUUCCAGCGGAUACUUUCAUGUCAUUAAUUCCAACAAAAGACUCCAUAAUGAAAAAACCAAUUCAUAUACGACAAGGGGUCAAUCCUUAUUCUGUUGGGAGAAACGAGACUUGUGACUCUUUUAUUAAUGAUGACCGUAUUUCUAAAAUACACUGUUUGAUUAAUAAAAAGAGACAUCCGGUUUUAGAAAAAUCUAUUUAUGAAAGCCCGGCACAUUGCCUCGAUGACAUAUGGUUGAUUGAUUUUAGUACCAACACAUGUCUUGUUAAUGGUGUUAUGUUGGGUAAAAAUAGGAAAGUGCAAUUAUUUAAUGGUGAUACUCUUGACUUCUUCCGUGUCGAUAAAACGAAUGAAUCAAUGAGCUUUGUUGUAACCAUUGCUGAUACUACUGGUUUAUUCAAUGGCGGGGAUCGCUUACCAGAGAUGAAAGGAAAAUUUGUGAACGUCUUACCUGUGGAUGGAAGUGAUCUAAAGCUCAAACCUAGCACCGUCCUAGAAGUUAGCUAUAGGGAUCAAAAUAUUAUUUCAAAGCAGAGUCAAGAUGCCAAUGAUAAAGCUUAUGAAGGUAAUGGUGGGAUAUUUAAUUCACAAUUAAGACAUCAAAGAAAAAUUUACGAAGCUCAAAAUUCUAAAAGCAUUCAGAAGCUGCAGCCACAUAAAAGAGCUAGCCUACAAAGUGGACAGGCAAGACCAUCAAAUCCAUGGACGUGAUUAAUCAUGCAGUAGCAUUCCCAAACACUAAUUCUAAUUUUUUUUUUCAUAAAUUGCAUAAACUUUUUUUAUUUCUUGAUUUAGACUUACUUUAUU